AUUGCCCAAAAGUCGAAGUUAGUUUGUGUCGUGUCGGGGACCCUACGAAUGGGACUGGUCUGAUUUGGGAGUUCGGAAAUUGCCAGCUAGUCGAACUCAACUUAGGCGUGCGUGUUAGGGUUAGGGUUUGUCAUUCGUGUGAUAUCAGGUGAGCGCUCCCUCCAAUCCCGCUCCCGCUCCAGCUCCCUCCGUCGCAGACAACCGUCGGCCUCCCUGUUGCAAAUUUACAAUGGCUGCCUACGGCAUAAUCACGGCCUUCCAAGCGUCUUGGCUAAGAUCCUCUUACUCCGGAGCCCAUCCAUGCAGACUGCCGCCAUCAUCAUCAUCAGUUGGGUUUCUCUCUCUGUCUUCACCAUCAUCAUCAGCUGGUAAAAUUUCGCAGCGCCGGCGCGUGUUGUCUUCGGAGCAGGAGGCCUCCGGAGGAGGAGGUCUGACGUACAAGGAUGCUGGUGUAGAUAUAGAUGCUGGAACGGCGCUUGUUGAUAAAAUUAAAGCCAUGGCUCCUGAAAUUGGAUCCUUUGGGGGUAUUGUCCAUGAUGAGAUACUCGGCGAUGACCUAUGCCUUGUUCACGGGACGGAUGGCGUUGGAACUAAACUUAAGCUUGCAUUUGAGACUGGAAUUCAUGAUACCAUUGGCAUUGAUUUGGUUGCCAUGAAUGUCAAUGAUAUCGUUACUUGUGGGGCGAAGCCAUUAUCUUUCCAGGAUUACUUUGCUACAGGCCGCCUUGAUGUUGAUAUCGCUGUCAAGGUUAUACAAGGUAUUCGCGAUGGUUGCCAACAAUCUGGCUGCAGCUGUAAACUUUCAGGCGGAGAGACUGCAGAGAUGCCGGGUUUUUACAAAGACGGCGAGUAUGACCUGGGCGGCUCUGCUGUUGGAGCUGUGAAAAAGGAUUCGAUCAUUGAUGGGAAAAACAUUGCUCCCGGAGAUGUCAUCAUUGGCCUGCCGUCCAGCGGGGUUCAUUCCAAUGGUUUCUCUCUUGUGAGAAGGGUUCUUGCUGAUACUGGGGUUUCUCUCAAGGACCAACUGCCUGGGGGAGAAGGUGUUACAUUUGGCGAAGCUUUGAUGGUCCCGACUGUGAUAUAUGUUAAUCAGGUCCUUGACUUAAUAAGCAAGGGAGGUGUCAAAGGAGUAGCUCAUAUCACAGGGGGUGGUUUCACAGAAAAUAUACCCCGAGUGUUCCCGAAGGGCCUAGGAGCGGUCAUUUAUAAAGACUCAUGGGAAGUCCCACCAGUUUUCAAAUGGAUCCAGAAGGCUGGAAGAGUAGAAGAGGCUGAGAUGAGACGGACUUUUAACAUGGGAAUUGGAAUGGUUCUUGUUGUGAGUCCGGAGGCAUCCCACAGGAUACUUGAAGAGGAUGGGAAUGGAGCUGCUUAUAAAGUAUACCGCAUCGUUGAGGUUGUAAGCAGUCAUGAAGGAGUGAUUUAUGUAUAGUUGAUUUUAGGUCAAUUUAACUUGUGACUGUAUCAUGAAUGUUAACUUUGUGACUCUAUCUUGGGAUUGACGGACCCCUAUACAAAUUUAAGCAGAGAAUUUAUGGAUUCUAAUAAUGAAUGUUGUUGUUUCCUUGGGCUUUUA